AGACCCUUAUUCCAUGCUGUUUUAUUGGAGUAGUAGUUUGGAGUUGGAUUCUGUUGGCUUCAGUCUAUUCAUUUUAGUAUUCUACGGGUGUUAUUUUCAAAAUACAUUUAGCAUAACGAUUCGGUUUUCUAGACUUUAUUUAUUCUGUGCUGUUAGUAGAAUGGGACGUCGGAAUCGAAAUAGGGCGAAGAAUUCCAAUGGGAGACCUCAGGGUAACAGGGAUGACAGAGGUUGGGGAGCAGGUUAUGCUGAUAUAGUGAAGGAAAACAAGCUGUUUGAGCAGUAUUAUCAGGAACUGAAAAUUGUACCAGAGGGAGAGUGGGACCAGUUCAUGAAUGCAUUACGGGAACCUCUACCUUCCACUUUCAGGAUAACUGGAUACAAAAGCCAUGCCAAAGAAAUUCUGCACUGCCUGAAGAUGAAAUAUUUCCAAGAGCUCCAAGACCUUGAAGUGGAUGGACAGAAGAUUGAAGCACCACAGCCUCUUAGUUGGUAUCCUGAUGAACUAGCAUGGCACACCAACAUGAGUAGGAAGAUUUUACGGAAAUCACCACUGCUGGAAAAAUUUCACCAGUUUCUAGUUAGUGAGACAGAAUCUGGUAACAUAAGUCGCCAAGAAGCUGUCAGCAUGAUACCCCCACUGCUGCUUAAAAUUGAACCACAUCAUAAGAUUUUAGAUAUGUGUGCUGCUCCUGGUUCUAAGACUGCACAACUGAUUGAAAUGCUGCAUGCAGACAUGAACAUCCCUUUUCCAGAGGGGUUUGUGAUUGCUAAUGAUGUUGACAACAAACGAUGCUACCUGUUGGUUCACCAGGCGAAGAGGCUAAGCAGUCCUUGUAUCAUGGUGGUGAAUCAUGAUGCGUCCAGUAUUCCUAGACUGCUGGUAGAUGUGAAUGGAUCAAAAGAAAUUCUUUUCUACGAUAGGAUCCUGUGUGAUGUACCUUGCAGUGGAGAUGGAACAAUGAGAAAAAACAUUGAUGUGUGGAAGAAGUGGACAACUAGUAAUAGCCUCCAUUUACAUGGGCUACAGCUGAGAAUUGCCACUCGAGGAGUUGAACAGCUGGCAGAGGGUGGCAGGCUGGUCUAUUCCACAUGUUCUCUAAACCCUGUUGAGGAUGAAGCAGUAAUCAUGAGUCUUCUAGAAAAGAGUGAAGGUGCUCUGGAACUAGCUGACGUCUCUUCUGAAUUGCCAGGAUUAAAGUGGAUGCCAGGAAUAACAUCUUGGAAGGUUAUGACCAAAGAAGGCCAGUGGUACUCAGAUUGGUCAGAAGUGCCAACUAGUAGACACACACAGAUUCGGCCUACAAUGUUUCCACUAAAAGACCAAGAAAAAUUAAAAGCCUUGAAUAUAGAGAGGUGUCUUAGGAUAUUGCCUCACCAUCAGAACACUGGUGGAUUCUUUGUGGCUGUUCUAGUCAAAAAAGGAUGCAUGCCGUGGAAUAAACGUUUACCGAAGCUUCGACACAAGAAUUCACCAAUUGUUGCAGCUGAAGCUAAUGCUGAGCCAGAGGAGGAGGAGGAAAGAACAGUUGCUGUAGAAGAAAGCACUGAAGCAGGAAGAGGACCUGAGAGCACAGAAGCAAACCCAAACAAGAAAGAAGUGGCAUGCUGUCCACCACCUUCCAAAAAAAUGAAGGUUUUUGGAUAUAAAGAAGAACCGUUUGUGUUUUUGUCAGAUGAUGAUCCAGUGUUUACACCCAUCCAAAAGUUUUAUGAGUUGGCACCUUCAUUUCCUAAGCACAACGUGCUUACUCGAACUCAUGAAGGAAAGAAGAAGCAUCUGUACAUGGUUUCUAAAGAACUAAGGACUGUGUUACUGAACAACAGUGAACGAAUGAAGGUUAUUAACACAGGAGUUAAGGUCUGGUCCCGCAAUAAUGACGGUGAGCAGUUUGGCUGUGCUUUCAGGCUUGCUCAAGAGGGUAUCUACACACUUUAUCCAUACAUCCGUGCAAGAAUUAUCAGUGUGACUAUUGAGGAUGUUCAGAUAUUGUUAACCCAAGAAAAUCCAUUCCUUAGAAAAUUUGGUGCUGAUGCACAGAAACAAGCCAAACAGCUUGGUAUGGGAAGUGUUGUGUUGCGGUAUGAACCAGAUGUCAUGAAACCAGAAACCUUACAGUGUCCAGUUGUUUUAUGUGGCUGGAGGGGAAAGACCUCAAUCCGUGCUUUUGUUCCGAAAAAUGAACGUUUCCAUUAUCUUAGAAUGAUGGGAGUUGAUGUUUUUCAGGAAAAGGAGGAAGGAGAUUCCAAAGUCUUGGAUCAAAAAGAUGGAGGUGCUGGAGAUCAAGCAUCUGAAGUAAUGGAUUGUGAAGAUGACAAAAAUAUGGAAGUAUCUGAAGAAGAAAUUAAAGUGGAAAAUGAUGGAAAUGAAGAUAUAGAUGACAAAGGAGAAGUAGAACAAAGUGAAUCUGAGACUUGUAAUGAACAUAGUAACACCACCCCUGAGGCUCAAUGUCCUGCUGAAGCAUCUGAUAAAAAAACAUAGUAUUUGUUUUCAGAGAAAGUAAUUACAUCAGUUGACACUGCUCUGAUACAGAGCUAUUUGCAGCUGUGAUUGCUUCCAUCUGAAGCUAUUUCAGUUUAUUUGUCUUUUGACAGACAGCCUUAUUCUGUACAUUUAUUUUUUGACACAUUGAGUUUUUUGCUUAAGGCUUUUAGAAUUCAGUGAUUGUUUUUGUACUGGCAGCAUCCAGCAGCUUGUUCCUGUCAGAACUCUUGUAAUGAUUUAUUUUUAUACCAAACAGAGAAUGUUAUCCUGCUAGGUAGAUUGAUUGCUGGACAUGUAUGGUUUCAGCUCCCAGUAGUUAUGUUAAUGGAGUAAUAUUUAAAGAAUUUCUGGGCAUCCCAAGAAGUUGUAUUUUCAGACAGACAUAAGCAAAAGUGUUUCCAGCUGUGUAUGUACAUUGUUUUGCUGUCAGGAACAUAUUAAAUAUUUUUCAUCUUUC